AUGCAAAUGCACCACGGCUAUCAGGAUUUCUAUCCGUCGCCCGAUUCCACGUCAUCAAUGAUGACGUCAUCCGCCACGUCACAAACGCAACCGGGAGAUGUUAAUGGGUUACAGACAGAUCAUCGGUUAGUAUUGGCAAAAAAUCGAAAAAAAAACGUGGGGUACGGUAGCUUUAUAGGGACAUACCGGUAUUUUUUGGUAAUUUUCGAGAGCUCUUUUCAUUAAUCGCAAAUUGUGCAUAACAAAUCUGUGAAAAAAUACGUUUAAAACUCGACAAAACACUCGAUUUCACCUCGAUUUCGUUUUUUUCGCGCCCCGCACGUUACGGUAGUUUUAAAGGCGCAUGCUAGAAAAAGCGAAAAUUCUGAAUACUGAUAAAAAGUAGACAAUAUGCGAGAGGCGCUGUGUUCGAGCGCGAAGAAUAGCGGAAAUCUUGGGAAUGAAUGGAAAAAUAAGGAUUCGAAAGUGUUUCACCGCCCGGCGAGCUUCCUCCGGAGCUUCUUCUGGGUCCGCCGCAAACAGGUGCUUCUGGAAAAGUCGAGACUUUUUCGAGAGGUGCAGAGAAGGAUGACUUACAAGCGAGAAUGAUAAUUGUACUUGAAGGGUUGCCCCCAUAUUAUUUAUUCUUCUUCUUUUUUCCUUCAGAACGAUUGGCGUCGGAUAUGGCGGAUAUUGGAAUUCCACGUCAUCGACGGCUCAAUGGAUGGGCGGCGGCGCGCAAAUGGAUCAUCACGCAAUGGCACCGACUUUUCCCGUCCCCACAGAGACUGGUUUCAGGUGGCUACCGUACUCGAGUCGCCACACUAACCCUCUUUUUCAGACAAAUGCCCUCGAACCUCUGCUACAUGGAUCCGACGCCUUCCCGAAUGAUAUCAUCCGCUUCCUCUAGUUCCAAUAUCAAUGUCACUUCAUCUCUGCCAACUAACAACAGUUCCUCCAAAAAAGUGUUGAUUCCACCGCCACCGGCUCCCCGAAUGCUUUCCCGAUCGACGCCGAAACCGUUCCGGUGUCAAAUCUGCGGAAAGGCCUUCUCGCAGGCCGCCAAUUUGACCGCCCAUAAGCGCAUUCAUACAGGUUGGCUGUUCUAUCGAAUUUUUUGUGAAAUUCUAUGUUUUUUUCAGGCGAGAAGCCGUUUCUGUGUCCGGUUUGCGACCGCCCGUUCAGUCAGAGCUCUUCUCUCGUCACACAUCGCAGGUAUCACAACCAUCUGUCGCCAUUCUCGGCCGAUUAGUAGGCUUCAUCGUCUUCUUCCUAAUCCCACCUAACCAAACUGCUCAUUAGCUUGGAUAAAUAUUGUGACACCCCUUUCCACUAGAAGCUUGGAUCUGCAAACGCACUCCACCGCACGCAGUGCUUUACUUUUUCAUUUCCGCCUUCAAAUGCGUUUUUGCUGAAAUUUCAUCGGAAAUGCUCGGUUUUCCAGUUUUCCUGUUGAAAAAUCGAACACAAUACACAUUUACACAAAAUAUCAUCGAAAAAAUUGUGUAAAUUGACUUUUUGCUAGUUUCUUGAUAAAACCACGUGGAACUAAGUUCGCUGAACGAUUUUCAAGCAAGAAAACUGGAAAAUACGAUGAAAUUUUGCAUGAAAUUGCAAGAAAAAGAAAAACACACAAUUUUGCAUUUAUAUUAUAUAGAGUACCCAUUUUUUGCAGAACUCACACCGGAGAACGUCCGUAUCCGUGUGCGCAGUGCGAGAAGGCGUUCACCGACAGUUCGACGCUCACAAAACAUUUGCGAACGCACACGGGCCACAAGCCGUACGUCUGCUCGAUUUGCAUGAUGAAGUUCACGCAAAGUGGCAACUUGCAUCGGCACAUGAAGACUCACAAAUGA